AUGGCUAUUGGUUUAUUAAAUACUUUGAACAUAGUUCAUAGAUUUCGUGAUUAUGCCAGAACAAAGGUCGGCUGUUCUAAGGUGCCGCAAAUCAUUGACCGGGAUUGGGAGUCUCUUAUACUUGGUAAAGAAAUAGACCAGUUUUCCACAGAAGCACCUGGACAGAAUCCCGCUAACCUUUUUUCGAAAAACUUCAUGAAUUUUGACUUUCCAACGAGUCAAUAA